AUGGCAGAAAUCAAUUCAGAAACUGUGAUGAUCGAUAAGACUUCUCAUCCUGGAAUUACCAUUCUGUCAAUCAAUCGACCAGAGAGGAGAAAUGCUGUUGAUCUUGCCACGGCCAAACACCUCUAUGAAGCUAUUCUCAAUUUCGAGUCCGACACAACACAAAAAGUGUGUAUCUUGACAGGCAAUGGAGGCAAUUUCUGUUCAGGAGCAGAUCUACACCAAGUUGCCCAGAAACAGAAUGAGCCCGCUGAGAACCUGCAACCUGUCAACGAGCGCAAUCUAGGCCCGAUGGGACCUUCAAGAUUGAUUGUUCAGAAGCCGAUGAUCUGUGCAGUAGCAGGCUAUGCUGUUGCUGGAGGACUUGAACUUAGUCUCCUAGCUGAUCUUCGUAUUAUCGAGGAAGAUGCGAUUUUUGGUGUGUUUUGUCGCCGCUGGGGUGUUCCUCUCAUUGAUGGUGGGACUGUUCGAUUACAAGCUAUUGUUGGACUUGGUCGUGCAAUGGAUAUGAUCUUGACUGGUCGACCGGUCAAUGCAAAUGAGGCACUGACUAUGGGCCUAGCUAAUCGUGUUGUACCCAAAGGGGAGUCAUUGAAUUGUGCUUUGGAGCUUGCGCGUCAGCUUAUGACUUUCCCUGAUUUGUGUCUUAAUACAGAUCGACAAUCCUGCUACUACAGUGCCUAUGAAGCUCGCUCUUUCAAAGAUGCUUUAUCUCAAGAGUUCACAGCUGGCAAGAAAGUCAUUUCAGCUGAAGCUAUUCAGGGCGCUGCCAAGUUCAGUGGAGGAUCCGGGAGACAUGGUAGUUUUAAAGCCAGCAAGUUGUGA